CAGGGAAGGCUUCCUGGAGGAGGUGGUGGUUUCACUGGGCCCUGAAGGCUGACUAGUUCUCAUCCUUUAGGAUGGGUUGACUGGGUUUGAGAAUUGUUUUGCAGGUGCCUUGGGAACCACGUGGUCAAAGGGUUGAGCUGUGUGGCCCGACAAGAGAGACCCCUGCCCUCACCCAACAAGCUAUGCUGGUAAGGAGCUGUCUCCCUCUCUGAUCUGCAGCCACCUCUCUCACCUCACAGUUCUUACGGGAGCCAUGAAGCUGAACGAGAGGAGUGUGGCCCACUACGCACUGAGCGACUCCCCAGCAGACCACACGGGUUUCCUGCGCACUUGGGGGGGACCAGGGACUCCACCCACCCCCAGUGGCACUGGCCGAAGGUGCUGGUUUGUCCUCAAGGGCAACCUACUGUUUUCCUUCGAGAGUCGAGAGGGCCGGGCCCCGCUGAGCCUGGUGGUGCUGGAAGGCUGCACGGUGGAGCUGGCUGAGGCUCCUGUGCCUGAGGAGUUUGCCUUCGCCAUCCGCUUCGACGCCCCUGGUGUGCGCCCACACCUGCUGGCGGCAGAUGGGCCGGCGGCCCAGGAGGCGUGGGUGAAAGCGCUAUCCCGGGCAAGCUUUGGCUACAUGCGCCUGGUGGUGCGCGAGCUGGAAAGCCAGUUGCGUGAUGCUCGCCAGAGCCUGGCGUUGCAUCGCCACUCCUCCUGGAGGGUCGUUACCAGCCGCUGUAAGCCCCAGGCUCCUGACCGCUGGUCUCCGGGCCUGGAAAACGGCCACUCCCGCUCCAGGGAUUGCAGUCCCACAGGGUUGGUUGAAGAACCGAGCAGCAGGCCAGCAGGGCGGGGCUUGGCUGAGUGGGAGUUGCAGGGCCCUGCCAACCUCCUCCUAGGCAGGGGACAGAGCCCUGUGUCCCCUGAGACCUCCUGCUUCUCUACCCUGCACGACUGGUAUGGCCAAGAGAUCAUGGAGCUGAGGCAGGGAUGGCUGCAGAGGGCCCGGGGGGCCCAGCCAGAAUGUGAGGAACAGAAUAGGCCCUGAGCCUUGGUCCUUUGGAUUCUGCCUUCGUCCUGCUGGUCAGGACACCAGUGCCAGUGCUUUUUCAGGAGUUUACUGUUUACUCAUUUCCAAAGUUGCUUUUUGAGGGGGGUUCUCUCCUUCCUGCUUUUUAGGCUUUCUC